ACGCGGGCGCAAGUUCAAUCUAUGCGGCUCAUGAAGGGAGGCCCGAACGUCGGCGCCAACGCGCUUUGUGCGGUCAGGUCAUCCAACACGCGGUCGAGUGUGCCUACCCAGCGCCACGGGUUGAAAAUCGGAUUGACAGGCCAGGACGCUGUCGCCGGAGGCCACAUGGCCACAUGGUACUACCCUCCGGUGCGUGAAAUCCCGUCGGCGUGCAGGGGCGCAGGGUGGACGACGUCCGCACGUAAACGAUGAACAGGGCGUGCGUCCGCGGGGCUCGGCAAUGCAGCCGCUGCCAUCCUUUGUGCGUAGUGAAUUAUAAUGCUGUGGUCGGCGCGAUGGCCGCCCUAAUCCCGCCGGAACGCCUGGUGUGUAUGUUAUUACGCAUAUAAUGCGCCGACGUGGUGGUCGCAAGCGAGAUUGAUCACUGCAGUUGGGUAGACAGCGCUUCGGGAUACCUAGACGUCA